AGUCCGUAUCUAGUCUGGACAGGCGAGGUUCGUCCUCGAUUAGUUUUUGCUUGUUUCAACUUGAAUGGAUUUUGCAUACCAACGAAGCGCAUAAUGGAAGAGGAAGAAGACGGCGGCGUGAGACUCCUUAGAAUUUCUGAUCUCCUCAGGCGUUCUCGCCCCCUUGCUGGCGCAUCAUCUCUCAAUCACAGGUGUCCGAUUUCUCGUUCUUCAGAGCCACAGCCGUCGGAUAGGUCUCGCCAGCCGUGCGGUCCAGCCCCGCCCCGCCCCAGCCAAAACCCUGGCCAUAGAAUUCUUGAAUCUUUGAAUUACCCAACUGUCAUAAUUGGAACCCUCACCCUUCCUUUCUUACACAAGCCUUCCAUUUUGGAUCCGUCUGUUCGUUGCCCCAAAUCCACAUGCUUUUCCUUCUCGGACUAUGAUGAUGCCUCGUCCAACUUAUGCUGCGACGUUGUCGACUUCGACGUCCGAAUAAUCGGACGGAAAAUCCGUGUUCUAGCUUGGAAUUUUAUUCCUUUUGAAUGCGGUGGUGGUUUCUUGGAGAUAAUCUCUUGGAGACUCACGGAAACUUCUUCGACUCCGGAUGCGUUUCCCCUGGUUUUAGGUUCUUCAGCUGAUUGUAAAAGAGACAGCUUCAAGGCUCGUUUUGUUCUCGGCGUGUUAGAAUCAAUUAGCCCUGUUUCGGUUGUUCCAUGUGCAACUGGAGUUAGUAGUUCUACUGGCUCCCGAAAUAUAUGUGGGUUUCUUGUACAACUUUUGGUUUGUGAGUGCAAGUUGUGUAGCACCAAAGCUUCUGUGAUUGCUUUCCUAGAACGGUCCGAAGUGGAGGAUGAUCACUGUUUUACCAAGCCUUUGAUUGUAUACUUUUAUGGGUCAGCUUCAUCCUGGCAUCCUGCAAUGUCAAAACUGAUUGGUAAUAUUAUCGUGCUGUCAGGGUUGAAGAAGAAGUUGGUUUUCUUAGAAGAGGAAGAAUCUCUGUUGAUGUAUUUAACCACAGAAAAAACCUUCUUGCAUCUCCCCAAGUUGCUUAGUAAAUGGCUUCCGGUUAAUAAUAUGAAUGCUAUUAAGGGUAAGGGUGAAUGUGGCACGUAUGCUGGCACCAUCACAGGCAUAUACAUGCAGGGCAUGGUUGUCGAAUUGGACCAGAAAGUGUUGUUGCUACUAACAGACCAACAUCUCAGUCCGCCACAUAGUCUCAGAGUUGGUGCUGUAGUAUUGAUUAGAAAUGUCCAUUUUGUAAACCCAAAAUUUUCCUGGGCAAAGACGUUUGUUCUUGGUGCUUGUGUUAAAACUAGCAUCAAUUUGAGAUCUUUUUCACCAUUUGAAACUGGGUCUUGUACAUAUUCACGAUCUCAGAGCCUUUUGAGGAAGUUUAUUGACUCAUUAAUGUUUUCCAUAAGGCUAUGGGUACUAUUGCUUGUCUCAAGUUUCAGGAGAAAAUUUGCAGGAAUUUUAUCUGAGAAGGAGAUCUUGGGUUCAAAACAUAAGGAAGGACUGGCUCAAUCAUACGCCACUUCUUGUAUACCUUCAUCACUGUUUCAAUCUCGGCAUGGAGUUUUUAGAGAAUUUUGUAAGCAUGACUCAUGUGGCUGUGGCAAUGAACAACAUUAUGUUCACUUGAAACUGGUGGUACCAAUAUCUAAUUUUAUCAAUCAUUGUGAGGCUACUUGGAUGAAGAUGCUCUUGGAGUGGGAAAGCGAUUCUAAUUUGAUGUAUAACUAUGACAUGUAUGGCCAUCCUUCUUGUGAAGGAUUUCCUUAUAGCCAGCCAAUUAGGAGGAUUUUGCGUAGUGAAGACAUGGGUGUUGUUUUGCUUGGAUGCAUAAAGAUUUCCGCAUCUUCUGGAAGGUUGCAAUUUAUUGAUGCUACUGGCAGCAUUGAUGUUGUGGUACCAGACCUUCCAUCAGAUUGGGAUAUCAGCACAAUAUAUGAGGUACAUAACUUCACUCUUGUUAUGGAGGGCAUGCGUGAACACCUUGCUGGUUCAGAAUUAUCCCAAAAUGAAUCAUUGUCGUGUAGGGCUAUUUUUGCCAACAGUCCAGUAAUGAGAGAGGGAAAGCUAGCACUUUAUCUUCUCUACAAUUUUAGAGAUAGAUAUUCUAGAAAUUGUACCUUCCAUCCUUGCAUCAAGAAUAAUGGAAAUUUCAAGGAGCUUCAAAGUGGUAGAUUUCACCUGCUUUUGGUGACACAUAAAUAUCCCGUGCAACAAAAGUUUCAAGGCGAACAAUUUGUUUCAAACAGUGCAAGCAUGUUUGCUGAGGCAUUUAUCCUGCCAUGGGAUUUAUUGCUUGAUGGGAAGGAUGGGUAUACAAAUUCUACUAGUCUUUCUGAGGAUCUGCUGAAUGAAUCCAUGGAGCAUUAUGGUUCCAGAAACUUACAAGAAUUUGUUUAUUGUAAGAGAUAUAAAAUUGAUCAGACAUCAACUAUGGUUUCAAAAUCUGGAUUAAGCAAUGCUGAGUAUGAAUUUUGUGGUAGUGGACAUUGUUGCUUUAGUAAUACUUGUGCAACAUCUUGUCAGAUGCAGAAAUGCACACGUCUAAAUUUACCACCUGAAAUUCAGUGUUAUGUUACCUUUAGAAGCAUUAAUAAUCAGCUUCUAUCUAGUUCAGGGCUCUUGUGCCCCUCUAAAGCUAAAGUAAAAGUCAGUUCUGUUUGUAAACCAAGACAAGGGAAAGUAUUGCUGGAGUUUAAGUGUGGAGGUUUUGGUGUCCAUGAGUUGUUGAGUGUUGGAAGGCAUUACUCCAUAAAGCACCAUAAAGAAGAUAAGCUAUGUACUACAGAGGACUUUAGCUAUGGUAAAGUCACUAUAACUUCUAAAAUACAUCUUUGGAGCCUUUCCUUCUCUUCUGAUGAAGUUCUCCCAGAUGCAUUUUUAUCACAUCUUCCUAGAUGUGUUGAUCCAAUUUUCAGCACUGAUGAAUCUCUCCCUGAAUCCUCUCUUCAAAGUGAAACAUCACUCCUGAGAUGUAAUGUUGGCUUCCCUGAGAUUCAUUCAGAUAUCUGUGUCCGUGUUUCUAUUGAUCAUGCAAGUAUCUUUGAGGAAAAUCUUAAGUUUUUGGAUGGAUUUGUGGUUCAGCCAUCUGUUCCCUUUGAAGAGGUAACAGACUUGUUUUUACGCUACAGGGCUAUUGUGACUGGCUCAGUUCAAUAUUCUGCAAGUCUGAAACCUGAAUACCCUCUGCCUGAGGGAAAUCUGAUAUCUCUGCAUGGAGACGUGUUGGCCGUUCAUAACUCUAGCUGCAGUUCUAUUGCAACAAAUCUAAGGCAGAAAAGUCCAGCUGAUGCUCAUUUGGAAAAAUUCCUUCAAGGGACAGAGACCGUCUGUAUCCAUGUUCUGGUGGACCAUCAAAUUGUCAGGAUUUUUGGUGCACUAACCAAACAUGCUUAUCCUAUUGGAUUUGGACCUGGUAUAAAAGCCACAUUUCACCGUAUACUUGUUUUGAGUGGGCAGAGUGAACUCAUCUUAACGCCUACAUCUUUCAUUGCAAUCCAAAGUGUGAGAGUUGUGAAUGACCAAUAUAGCAUCAAGUAUGAUAAUCCAUCAGCUGCCUCAGGUUUAUGCAAAUUUGGAUCCCUUACUCCUCUUCCCUCUACUUUGAUUUCCCAAAUAACCCGAUAUGCAGACUGUAAGCCAGUGCAGUUUAAUUGCAGGGUUGUCUCUAUUUAUAUUCUUGUGCUGGAGCAAAAUAUAAAAGCUGUUUAUCCUCAUUCAGGAUUUCAGUCCAGGUCACCUAUGGUUAACAUACCUCUUGCUGGGUUUGUAUUAGAUGAUGGCUCCUCGUUGUGUUGCAGCUGGGCAAGUAAUGAUAGGGCAGCAACAUUGCUUAGGCUAGAAGAUGGAAUUCCUGGAGGAAGCAGCCUGUGGGAUUUGAAGAGGAAGAGAAAGAGGAGGAUAGAUGACACCUGUGGCAGCCCCACCCUAAUUCAUAAAUUGGAGAAAAUUUUGAAUAAGCAUGGUAGAGUCAUUGUGAAAAAUUAUGGAUCCUUGUUUGACUCUUCAGGUCAGCAACACUCAUUUUCUGUGGAUUCGGAGACUCUCCUCAGCAGCUCAGACGAGGACCUUGUCAAGGCUGUAAUCUUCAAUGCUGCUUGCUUCGGCACCUUUUGGAAUGUGAUUGGUAGUCUGAUGGAUUCAACUGCCAUGAAAGAGUUAGAGAAACAGCUGGUGGGAAUGGAGAUGAUGCCAAUACAACCACCAAUGCAAAAUAUAUGGGCUAAAGAAGUUCACUACUCGAACCCCCUCCUUGAAGCAAGAAAAAUACUUCAACAAGAAGAACUCGUGAACAGCUAGCGCAUAUUUCAUUUCAUCGACAUUAGAUGGAAGAAGCCAGCCAGCCCUUGGAAUGAUGCCUCAUUUUGACUCCCAGUCCCAGGUUGCAACUACAAUGUAUCUUUCUGAUUGUACAUUUGACACACACACACACACACACGCAUGCCGUAGGUCGUCCAUUCUUCUGUUGCCUCCAUAAAUUAAAUUUGAAUUAUAUUUUGCACAAAAAACAGUCUGCAACAUUGGAUUGGCAGGAGAGGAGAUGCUUCUGCCAUGCCACCAUGCACAAAAAGCGAUCUAUUCCCCCCUUUUUCUGGACAGCUGUACUUUUAGAAAAUGUCUUCUUCACAUCACUUUCGAAAUUACAAUAAGCAAUUACCUAUUUUGGACA